GACAAGGGGGAUAGAAAGAAUACCAGAACCCGCCCCUUUUUCUCUCCAUUCUGAUAUUUUGGUACUCAAUUAGAAACAUUUCUUAACGACAAACAUUUAUAUUAAAUUAUGUAAUGUGCUCGUUCACUGGUCACUAAUAUUUUUCUCCUGGUGGCCAAUUAAAGUGUCAAUCCCCACUCGCAAGACGUUAAUCACCUUCUUCGCUUCAUAACUUAGCAGCCUUUUACUUUUUUUAUUAUUAACUUUUUCCAUCAAUCGUCAUCUUGGUUGCUGGUCUCUCGUAGCAGUCAGUACACGCUAAAUUUGGCCGUCUGUUCAGCUAAGUUUCUUUCCCAUACUGAGUAGUGAGUAGUAUGCUAGUUCUACUAUAAUCUCUCACUGCAGUCUUCUGCUUAUUAUCCACUGAAAACGAAGGAAGCAAAGCAAUAAUGGUGACUCAUAAAUGCUACUAUUUUCUUUUCCUCUCGUUGGCUUUUCCACUUCUCAUGGAUGUAGCCAAAGCCCAGAUGCCAGGUUUUUUAAGUUUGGACUGCGGAGGCAAAGGUAACUUCACAGAUGAACUUGGUCUCCUGUGGACUCCUGAUGGUCAGAUGAUCAGCGGAGGAAGAGCUAAUAUAUCUGUUGCAAAUGAGCAAAGAACUCAAUAUAUGACUUUGAGAUAUUUUCCUGCGGAUAACAGAAAGUAUUGUUACACACUUAAUGUUAUGAGUAGGACCAGAUACCUUUUAAGAGCAAGCUUCUUGUAUGGAAACUUUGACCACAACAACGUGUAUCCAAAGUUUGAUAUUUCACUAGGGGCUACACGCUGGGCUACGGUGGUUAUUUCAGAUGCUAGCACUAUAGAAUAUCAAGAGUUAAUAUUUCUUGCUACUGAACCCACCAUUAGCGUCUGUUUGUCUAAUGCUACCACUGGGCAGCCAUUUAUUUCGACCCUUGAGCUCCGACAAUUUAAUGGUUCAAUUUAUAUGACCCAAUUUGAGAACGAGUUCUUUUUAAGUGUUUCUGCAAGAAUAAAUUUUGGUGCUGAUGGUGAUACUCCAAUCAGGUAUCCUCAUGAUCCAUUUGACAGGAUAUGGGAAUCUGAUACUGUGCGAAAAGCCAACUAUCUAGUUGAUGUUGCACCUGGUACUGAAAAGGUAUCUACUCGAAUGCCAAUUUAUGUUAGCUCUGGUGAAAGACCACCUGAGAAAGUGAUGCAGACAGCUGUAGUUGGAAGAAAUGGGUCACUCACAUAUCGGUUGAAUCUGGACGGUUUUCCUGGUUUUGGAUGGGCAUUCACCUAUUUUGCAGAAAUUGAAGAUUUGGCUCCAACUGCUACCAGAAAAUUCAGGCUAGUGUUACCUGGAAAUCCUGAUCUCAGCAAGGCUAUUGUCAAUAUUGAAGAGAAUGCCUCGGGGAAAUAUCGUUUAUAUGAACCUGGAUACUUCAACAUAUCGCUUCCCUUUGUCUUAUCAUUCAGAUUUGGAAAGACGUCCGAUUCUACAAUGGGGCCCCUCCUGAAUGCAUUAGAAAUAAAUAAGUAUCUGAAGAAAAGCGAUGGCUCUUUGGAUGGACAACUUGUUGCUGGUAUAAUCUCAGCUUACUCUACUGCUGAUUGGGCACAAGAAGGUGGUGACCCAUGCUUACCGACCACAUGGUCCUGGAUCCAAUGUAACACAGAUCCUCAGCCUAAAAUAACAUCCAUCAAAUUGUCGAGGAAGAACUUGACUGGAAUUAUCCCUUUAGAGUUAACAAAAUUGAGCGGCUUAGUUGAAUUAUGGCUUGAUGGAAAUUCAUUUUCUGGUACAAUUCCUGAUUUUUCUGGAUGCCCAAACUUGAAGACAAUACAUCUUGAGAACAAUCAGUUGACUGGAGGGCUGCCUUCCUCCUUGGGAGGUUUACCGAAUUUAAGAGAACUGUAUGUGCAGGACAAUGAGUUAUCUGGGACUAUCCCGUCAAAUCUUCUGAACAGGGGUCUGAUCUUAAACUAUACUGGGAACAUUGGUCUUCAUAAAGGAGGCAGUGCAGGAAAUCAUAAGAAAAUCAUUAUUGGAUCAUCAGUUGGUGCUGCAGCACUGCUGCUCGCCACUAUUAUCUCUUGCUUAUUGAUGCAGAAAGGAAAUAAAAAAUGCAAAUAUAAAGAACAUCAGCCCUUUUGCGGACCUGGAGCUGACAUAAAUGAUGUUCCCAGUAAUUCAACUAAUUCAAACAAGCAUUGUCCUAUUCAAGCAUGUCCUAUAGACAAUUACUUUGAAUAUGUUCCGGAAUCACCUGUCCCAUGCUUUUGUGCAUCUCCUCUGAGAAUUGGAUAUCGGCUAAAGAGUCCUAGCUUCUGUUACUUCCGUCCAUAUGACUUUCCCGUGGCUAGUGCUGAUCGCUCAGGUUAUUUUAACACAAGUGAGAUUCUUCGAAUCAGGGACAUAUUCACAUCUUGGAAAUUUCAUGGAAAUGAUUUUUUUGGACCUUAUGAACUUCUCAACUUCACUCUUCUGGGACAUUAUUCAUAUGUGAAUUCUGAAACCAGCGGUAAUAGCAUGAGCAAGGGUAUUUUGGUUGCAAUUGUGCUUGCUGCAGUUGUCGUUGCAGUUAGCAUCUCAGCAACUAUUACAGUUUUUGUCACUAAAAGACACAAAAGAUACCAGCUUGCACCAUCAAGGAGACGUUUAUCCUCUAAGCUUUCUAUAAAAAUAGAAGACGUUAAAAGCUUCACCUUUGAAGAACUGGCACUGGCAACAAACCAUUUCAGUAGCUCAACUCAAGUUGGCCAAGGAGGUUAUGGGACAGUUCAUAGAGGUACUUUAGCGGAUAAUACUAUUGUAGCCGUCAAGCGUGCAAAAGAAGGAUCAUUACAGGGUCAGAAGGAAUUCUUAACAGAGAUUGAAUUGUUAUCGAGGUUGCAUCACCGGAAUCUUGUUUCACUGCUUGGGUACUGUGAUGAAGAAGGGGAGCAGAUGCUUGUUUAUGAGUUCAUGCCAAAUGGAACAUUGCAGGACUGGCUUUCUGCAAAAACUGGGAAAACGCUAAAUUUUGGAGCUAGAUUACAUAUUGCAUUAGGUGCAGCUAAGGGAAUCCUUUACCUUCAUACUGAAGCUAAUCCGCCCAUAUUCCACAGAGAUGUUAAAGCCAGCAACAUUCUUCUUGACUCUAAGCUCACAGCUAAAGUUGCUGAUUUUGGACUUUCACGACUUGCACCGGUAGUGGAUGAUGAAGGGGCUUUGCCAGAAUAUGUUUCAACAUUUGUCAAGGGAACACCUGGUUACCUUGAUCCUGAAUAUUUCUUGACACGUAAGCUGACAGAUAAGAGUGAUGUUUAUAGCCUUGGAGUUGUAGCCUCACUUGAUUUGGCGGUAUUCGAGAACUGCGCAUUUGGUGGGUGGUGGUGCUCAGAUUUUCGUGCAGCAGAUAAUGACUGGGUGGUGACUGAAGACUGA